CCCUUUCACGACGCUACUACACGAUCGUGCGUUCAACUUUAAAAAAAAAUUUUCGCGCGCUCAAUCAACUUUAGGGGACCAGGACGGUACCACACGAUGGUGCGUCUAGCGCAGAACGAACAUAGCCACGAAUUUUAGACCUGAGUGAAAUUGUUGCGGAUCACGACACAUUCCAAGAUGGCGGUGCACGUGGUCGACGCGCGUGGGAAAAAAAAAAAAUUAACCUCAGAGUACUUACUUGAGUUGAUAGGAGAUGGGAACGAGUCUGAGAUAGAAGAUCUAGGAGAUGAAGAAACUCAUGAAGAGGAAAGCAUUGAUGCUGUACCAGAUCGGGUGGCGGGCCUGUCGUAUUCUGAUGACGAAAGUUCUAACAGCGAGCAAGAAGAUGAAACUAUCAACAUUCAGGGACCUGAAAGAAUACCUUCUAGGCCGAAUGCAGUAUGUGCUGGAUCUCAACGUGGUCGCAAAGUUUCACAAAGUGCUCGAGGGGUUUCGCAACGAAAGCGUGGUGUUUCUCAACGUGGCCGCACUGUAAUUCGCGGACAUCAUCUAUCUGACCGUUCUUCAAGCGCAUCGAGCACAUCUCGUGACACUUCUCAGUACAGCAAGAGGCAACGCACUAGUAGAAAUAAUCAGCUGCCUGACUCAGCUGAUAAUCCGCCACGCAGUGAUCUCGCUCAGUCCGAGGUUGCUCAACGUGACAGGGAUCCGUCUAGGCGAAGGCUAUGGAAAUGUAUUCCGUUUGAACAAAAAGAACACACUUUUCCGUCACGAGAACAACAGACCAUCAGAACGCCUUUAGAGUACUUUCAGGACUAUUUUGACGAUGCAUUUUAUGAAAAAGCUGCUUUCUGUACGAAUAACUAUCAUUUAAGGAAAACAGGGAGGCUUUUACAUACCAGUGCUGUAGAAAUGAAGAAGUUCCUCGGUGUACAUUUUAUAAUGGGUUGUAUACCUUACCCACGGAUCCAUAUGUAUUGGAGGAAAGAAAUGAGACUGGCUUUAGUAGCAGAUGUUAUUCCAAGAGAUCGACUAAAGCUGUUGCGCACAAGUUUUCAUGUAGUGGAAGAGGAAGUCGCCCCGGUGGGUAACAAAAACAGUCUAUGGAAAGUACAACCGGUAUUGAAUCAGGUAAAAAACGCAUGUAACAAAAUAGAACGGCAACCAGGUUACUAUUCCAUAGAUGAGCAGAUGAUCCCUUUCUGCGGCGUGUGCCCAAAAGGUUUACGCCAAGUCAUAAAGUCGAAGCCUCGACCCACCGGAUUGAAAGCCUUUGUUGCCACAACGAACGAUGGUCUAAUGCUUGACUUUGAAGUCUAUCAAGGAGCUCAAUCUACAUUUACUGAUAAAUCGCUGGGUGUGGGUGCAUCAGUUAUCUUACAUCUUUCUAAAUCCAUUCCCCCAGGAAGUUGCAUUUACUUCGAUCGGUAUUUCACGUCCAUACCUCUCUUGGAAAAUUUGUCUCAAAACGGCUUACACGGCACAGGAACGGUGAUGAUGAAUAGAAUACCUGACAGAAAACACAUAACUUUUAAAAAGGAUCGUGAAAUGAACCGAGGAGAUUCAGAACAGUUCGUAAAUAAUGGGUUGGUAGUUGUGCACUGGAUGGACAAUAAAUCAGUUUUAGCGGCGUCCAAUUGCACCUCGGCUGACAACCAUGUAUUCGUGAAACGAUGGGACAAAAAGAGGAAUGCAUUUAUAGACGUCAAGCAACCCCUUAUCAUUGCUAAUUAUAACCGGAACAUGGGAGGAGUUGACGUCCUCGACCAAUCAAUCGAAUAUUAUCGAACCUUCAUGAAGACCCGGAAGUGGACGUUGAAGGUCAUCUUACAUUUUUUUGAUCUCGCAGUCGCAAAUGCUUGGCGUUUACAUAAAAUACACUCUGAGACGGCUCGCAUACAUAGAGGUCAAGUCUUUGACUUGCUUCAAUUCAAAUUGCAAGUAGCUGAUGGCCUUACAAACACACCUGAUCGUCCGAGACCAGAACAAGAUGCUGACGAAAACAUGGAAGGGAUAGAGGUCCAAGCUCCAGAAAAUGACGACCCAAAUAUUCUAGCGAAGAGAUACCGUCCAUCGAAUGUACCUUCAGAGGCGAAACGUCAUGACGGUUACGAACAUUUUCCGGUUUUUGACGAGAUCGAAAACCCUCGUUCCUGUAGAAUGGAAGGUUGUUCAAGCCGAUCCAAGAUAAGAUGUGAAAAAUGCAACGUGUACCUUUGUCUUAACAGAAAAGGCAACUGUUUCACGUUAUUUCAUAAGCAAUAAAUAGAAGAUAAGUUUUCUAAGAUUUUAUUACAAAGUGAUUAAACCAAAAUGUUUAUAAAAUUAUUGAUCUCAAGAAGAAAUGUUUAAAAAUUAUGUUGAUUUAUUAAAAUAUAAUUUAAUUACAGAAACUAAUAAAUAAUUACGACUAAACAAGUCUUUUUAAUUCCUUUAAAAUUACAAAAUUACAGAUAGCAAAUGUAUACCUAGAAAAAUUGAGGUAGACAAAGUAAAGCCGAUAUCGCACUAUCGUGACAUGGGGUUUUCUCAGGGGGGGGAGAGGGGGGAAUUUUAUUUUUAUUUUUCUAGGACCACUUUAUACUCAGAUACUUAGAAUCUAUCAUCAAAACCAGCUGCACAGAUAUUUUUUUUUCUCGGCCUGAAAG